AUGGUCUUUUCAUCUUUCCUCACCAGCGUCUUGCUUCUCUCGGGCUCUAUUGUGGAAGCCGGCCUGGUGCAUCGUCAGACUCAAACCACGAAGCCCUCAAAGUUUCUAUUCAUCUUCGGCGACUCAUACACCUCCACCGGCUUCAAUGUUUCAAACUCCCCUCAGCCAUCCGUCUCCAACCCUCUCGGCAACGGAGGAUAUCCCGGCACUCGCACAUCCGGGGGAGACGGCUGGGUCGAUGUCAUAAUGAAGAACAACUCGCGUCCGGGAACAGUCGUCUACAACUUCGCCGUGGUCGGUGACCCCGUCAACGCCACCCUGGUGCAGCCGACUGUCGCUUUACCCACGCCGAUUGCCGACUACCGCGAUCAAAUGCGAGCCUUCACAAGCGCGAUCGGAAGCGCGAGUUCCAACAAGAUUGGGUGGAAUGCCACCAACAGUCUGUUCAUCAGCUACUUUGGCAUCAACGAUGUUUCGAUUCAGGUUGCUGCGGGGAGGAAUACGUCCACAGGACAGAAGGUUCUUCUGCCGGAUCUGGUAGACUACUUCAACAUCUUUGGAGAUCAGUACAAGCUAGGUGUGCGGAAAUUCGUCCUCAUUUUGGUCCCUCCGUUUUUCCGAGCUCCGGUGUAUAGCUACGGCAACUCGACCAGCGCUCCCGACGUCAAGAAUCUGACGAUCUGGUUCAACAGUCAAGUCAAAUCACGAGCUGCUUCCUUUCGAUCGCAAUAUCCUUUGGCGAAUCUCAGCAUCGCGGAUCCCACGCCGUACUUCAACGCAGUGCUGGACAACCCAGCGCGAUACGGUGCUCCGAAUAGCACUUGUCUGAGCUACCCGGCCGGCCAGCCAUGUCUGUGGCAUGACUUUGCUCAUCCCGGGAUUGCGAUUCAGAGAACGUUUGGUCAGGCGAUGAGUACUGGGUUGAAGUCUUUGGGAUUUUGA